CCUUUUUCUCCACUCCUUCUUCAGACCUUGAUAUUUACGAGCCUACUUCUGAAGUUGAGACGUCAAUUUUAGCAAGUUCAAACUCUAUAAACACUCAUAAAAAACGUAAAAGUAAAAAUUAUCAAAUAUGUAAAAAUCUCAAUAAUACUAAUAAAAAGCCUUAUUCUUAUAGUCGUAAAGGAGGUACAACUACAAACAUG